AUGAAUAGUUUUCAAGAUCGCGAAUACACCGUGUGCAUCCUCGGAGCCGGUGUUAUGGGCACUGCUGUGCUGUCAGCCAUACUUAAGUCCGAGUUUACUCCAUACCCAAAAGGUUUCAUCUGCUGCACUGGGUCUGAGGAAUCUGCCAUCAGAGUUAAACAUGCAUUUCCCAACGUGGAUACCUCUUUUGGUGGAAAUAACGAUAAGGCUGUUAGUCAGUCGGAUGUGGUCAUCCUUGGAUGCAAGCCAUUCAUGUGCGAGAAAAUCCUGGAGUCGGUCAAGACCUCGAUUGAGGGAAAGCUUCUUAUCUCACUUGCGGCCGGGUGGACGAUUGACCAGCUGCAAAAGUACUCUACUAGAGUAGCCAGAGUGAUGACAAAUACUCCAGCAAAGUUUGGUUACGGAAUGGCUGUUAUAUCGUUGAAUGAAGGUGCAGAACCAGAUCGUGAGCUAAUCGAAAAGCUGAUCAACCCUGUGGGGAAAGCCAUUUUUCUUCCAGAAAAAAACAUGGACGCGGCAACGUCACUGGUGGGUUCUGGACCGGCUUUUUGUUUACUGAUGAUGGAGUCUCUAAUCGACGGUGGAGUGAGAAUGGGGAUUCCGUAUGCUGCGGCUAAGGAGUGUGCUGCCAAAGUUAUGGAGGGAACAGCCCGUAUGGUUAUAGAGACGGGCGACCAUCCAGCGGUUCUCAAGUCUGCUGUUUGCACGCCAGGUGGAACCACUAUUGGAGGUCUGAUGGUUAUGGAGGACAAAGGUCUCAGAAGUGCCAUCGCCAGAGGUGUUGAAGAAGCUGCAGUCAUUGCGGCUCAGUUGGGUAAGAAGUAA